GUCUUUGCCGCACUACUCUUGAAAUCUUCGUGGUAGUUUUCAUCAGUUCUCAUUGUAUUUUUCGCUCAGCGGAGUCAUGGCGGGUCUUGCUCGGCCAGUAUACAUCAUAGCAGCUAAAAGAACUGCAUUCGGUGCAUUUGGAGGGAAAUUAAAAGGCAUGAGUGCUACUGUGCUUGGACAACACGCGGCGGUAGCGGCAAUGGAGGCUGGCAAAGUUGAUCCUGCGAUCGUAGAUUCCUCUGUGUUUGGCAACGUCAUCCAGAGUGCCUCAGAUGCGGCAUACAUUUCAAGACACAUUGCCCUAAAAGCCAAUGUUCCAGUUACAACUCCUGCACUAACAGUGAACAGGCUAUGUGGUUCAGGAUUCCAAGCAGUUGUCACGGCAGCACAGGAGAUUCAGCUGGGUGAGAGUGACGUUGUGCUGUGUGGAGGCUCUGAGAAUAUGAGUCAAGCACCUUAUGCCCUGAGAGAUGCUAGAUUUGGAACAAAACUUGGGCUUGACUUAAAGCUGGAAGAUACUCUGUGGCAAGGCUUGACAGAUUUUCAUGCUAAAAUGCCAAUGGGUGUCACUGGAGAAAAUCUUGCUGAGAAAUAUAACAUCACACGACAAGACUGUGACGAGUUUGCUCUGUUAUCACAAAAGAGAUGGGCUGAGGCUAAUGAGGAUGGCCGCUUUGUAGAAGAAAUUGUUCCAGUGGCUGUGAAAGGAAAGAAAGGUCCAGAAGAGUUUAAGGUUGAUGAACACCCAAAACCAAACAGUACAAUAGAGCAUUUAACAAAGUUAGCUCCAGUCUUCAAGAAAGAUGGAACAAUCACUGCUGCUAAUGCUUCUGGUAUAUGUGAUGGAGCUGCAGCACUGAUCGUUGUCAGUGAGAAAGCCCUUAAAGAGCACAACUUUACGCCACUGGCCAGAAUUGUUUCGUACUCUGUUGCUGGUGUGGAACCAUCAAUCAUGGGAAUUGGCCCUGUCCCAGCAAUCAAAGCAGCAUUAAAUAAAGCCGACAAGAGUCUUCAACACAUGGAACUUAUUGAGGUUAACGAAGCAUUUGCUCCCCAAUUUCUUGCUGUUCAAAGAGAGCUUGAGCUGGACAUGGCCAAGACAAACAUCAAUGGAGGUGCAAUUGCUUUAGGUCAUCCUGUAGGAACCUCAGGAGCGAGAAUCACAGGACAUUUGGUGCAUGAGCUGCGGCGUAGAGGUGCUAAAUAUGCUAUUGGAUCGGCAUGUAUAGGAGGCGGACAAGGAAUAGCAGUUGUUCUUGAAAAUUUACAAUGAGAUUCCUAGCAGUUGAGGAAGUGAUGCUGAAGACAAUUUCAUAAAGAUGUACUGAUGCAUAGUUUACAUGUGAAAAACAUUUUGAAGAAAAUAGAUAUAGCAGCAAGGAUUUAAGAGGUCUUUUUGUUCAUGUAAAUUACAGCUUUCAUUGCUAAGAACAAUGCUUCAGUAUC